AUGAAGAGGUUCUGCUGGAACCUGUGGUUGGAGACACCUGCUGACAACACCUUCUUGCAGAGGCUUGCUGAUCGCCUGUCUCCCAAGUUUCAUUUGCUUCAUUCCUGCAAGGGGUAUUUGCCGCCAUACAGAGCAGUCCAGAGCCAGUUGUUCCCAGGUCACUCGGAUCCCAGACCCCUCUUCUCCCACUCUUCUCACUCCGUCUGGAAGGUUCCGUCAGGGUUGACCAAAAGGGGCACCGGUGACCCAGAUUGGGAAAGUGUAGGUGGGAGGCAGGAGGGGGGAAUCAGCUGCGUAUCAUGUCUUCAACCCCCAUCGCUUCAACACAACAACGAGGAGUUGCUCUGUGUGAACAGCACCACAUCGAGGUCGUCCAUCCAUCCAUCCAUUUCUACCGCCUAUCUGAGGUCGGGUCACGGGCCAGCAGCCGAAGCAGGGCAGCUCGGACUUCCCUCUCUUCAGACACUGCGUCCAGCUCCUCCCGGGGGAUCCCGAGGCAUUCCCAGGCCAUUUGAGAGAUAUAGUCUCUCCAACGUGUGCUGGGUCUUCCUCGAGACCUACCAGUCGGAGGUAUCCGGGAGGCAUCCUGACCAGAUGCCCAAGCCACCUCAUCUGGCUCCUCUCAUUGUGGAGGAGCAGUUGUUGUUCUCCGAGUUUCUCCCAGAUGACAGUGCUUCUCACCUUCUCCCUAAGGGAGAGCCCAGCCACCCUACGGAGAAAACUCGUUUUGGCCGCUUGUACCCGCAAUCUUGUCCUUGUCACUACCCAAAGCUCAUGACCAUAGUUGAGGGUAGGAACGUAAAUCGACCGGUAAAUUGAGAGCUUUGCCUUUCGGCUCAGCUCCCUCUUCACUGCAACAGACCAAUGCAGAGUCCGCAUCACUGCAGACACCGCACCAGUUCGCCUGUCGAUCUCACGUUCAUCCUUCCCUCACUCGUGAACAAGACCCUGACGUACGUAAACUCCUCCACUUGGGGCAGGAUCUCAUCCCCGACCCGGAGAUGGCACUCCACCCUUGCCCAGGCGAGAACCAUGGACUCGGACUUGGAGAAGCUGAUUCUCAAUCGAGGUUGUGUGAAGACUUAAUACCUGACGCUCACUUCUUGCUCUGUUGUGUCGAAAGCAAUUGUCACAAGUAGUUUAUACGUCACACCAGAUGCUGUCGCAUUAAUAAUGCUGUGUGAAAGCCGCACAGUUGCCGACCUUCACUGUGUUCUUUAUAAAAGGAGCAUAUUACUACACCGUUUUCAGUGAGUCUCAUGUCAUCUGCUCAUGGAAAAUUUUAGGUUGUAAACAUACACGCAUGAUCAAUAUGGCCUUGAGGCGUACAUCGUGACCUCCCUGAUGACAUCACCACCGGAGCUCCUUCCCCACAGACUCCACAAGUGACUUUGGUUGGUGAGUAAGAUGACCUUUCGCUUCAUACGACACAACAACAAGAGUUAAUAAGUCAUCCCAACCUGUUUAAAGCUUCUUAUGUGACAUUUAUUGACAUACAGACGCAUUGGAUUGGAAGUGAAUUGAGCAAAGAGGAGAUAGAGUGGAGAAAAAGAAGAGGGGAGCUGGUGUAAUUAUGCAUGGCGAUUGUUGAUGCCUUGAUUGUCUGCGUCCAGCUGCAUGGAAGAGGAGGAGGGAGGAGAGGGGUGAGGAGGAGGAGGGAGGGAGGAAGGCAGACUCACUGACGCCAGGCUCGGAAUUCUCCCAUCCAUUGAAAGAGAGAGGCGAUUGUGUCCGUGCUCUUUGCAGGCGAGCACCUGAUCCUUCGUGCAUGUGGAUGUGCAUGUGUGCUGAGAGAACGGUUUUAUUUCCCACCACAAAUACAUCCAUAAAAGACGAACUUUAGAAUAAUUCAGCUGUUGUUUUCCCAGCAGCCCUGAUGGCAAAUAUGUGGGAAUAUCAAAAAUCAUCUCCCGCCACCCCUUGUUGACAUACAAAUGUAAGCUAUGCAGGAUCAAGGUUUGGAUUGUGUCGUAAGACAUAAAUAUACUAACUAAAUAAUCUUAUUACUCCAGAAUCUUUUUUUCUGGCUCAUAAAAUGUAUUUUUAAUACGUUUUUAUCCUCACAUAAUGGCUCUGUUUGGAUCAUAUGCACAGCUUUUGGCUUUAGCAUAGUUGAUUGACAGUCAGAGUCAGCCAAUCAGAAUACUGAGCGAUUCCGAGGGAGGGCGGGCCCUCUGUCAGAGAGAGGGGAGUGCGCGUCGGGGUGAAUGGAUGACGUCAGGAGGCUGGCGCCAGCAUGUCUGGGACUG